GAAUGGCGCUGGUCCCGCUGCUCGGGGGGAGCGGGGCCGGGCUGAGCGAGGCUCCGUGGCACCCUGAAGGAGCACGAGGUGGCGGUGCCCUAUUUUGCAGCUCGAGCUCCCGGCAGUGCCUUUUCCGCACGGUGUGAAUGAAGUAGCACGAGGGGCCGACCGCCAGUAGAGCUCUGGCACUCGAAACAAACUGCCGGCUUUAAAGGGCAUUAAUGACCGCCUCGGGACCUGGCGCCCGGCGAGGCUGCCGCGCGGGUCCCGCCGCUGCCGCAUUUGCUCCCUGAGCGCUGCCGCUUUGCAGCCCGCUCCGUGCCGGCAGCUGUGCUGUAGAAAAGCACGGUGCCGGCUGGCGUGUAAGCGCUGCACAUAGUGCGUGGCUGGGGCUGCGAACCCUAGGGAGCUCUCGUUAAUCAAAAUGCUAGGUGUUUUCGAAGAAUACCGUCACCUGAACAACCAUCAGCAGGCGGCCCCGCAGCAUAGCGGCUGCUUCGGGCCUCGGCCCUGACGCCGUGAGCUACCCCCACUGGAAAGGUCAGCCUCGUGUUUUUGGAAGAUGGUCAGGAUCAUUUCCAUGACUCAAGUUUUCCUUCUCUUUGGGGAAAAAAAAGAAAAGCAUGUGAAAACUGCAUUGUAGGAAAAAGACCUUAUCCUAAGUGUAGGAAGACCAUGAGGAUACAGUGUGUAUGUUUUGUCAUGUGGAUAUAGUUCCUUAAAGAAAUCAUAGCAAGAAAUCAUAUUGUCUGGAGUUCCAGCAUCCAACAGAAGUUCUAAGAUGGAGCUGCCUGGCCUUGCUUUUGCUGCUUGGAUGUUUAUUUCCUUCUGUGUAUCUGUGGAUGGAUAUCCAAAUGGGAAAGUAAGAGAAGCCUGCACUAGCAUGAUACCCUGUCAUGGUAGCUCUCCACAGCUGUCACCUGAGCAUGUCAUUACAGUUAAUGGGACUGAAUUUAAACCUGGGGACAGUGUAGAAGUUCAGCUGUCUGGUCCAGAUUUUGAAGGAUUUUUCAUACAAGCUCGGGAUGCGGAAGACUUGGAUAGCCCUGCAGUUGGUUCUUUCAUAUUAGUUGACCAGAGACAUUCUCAGCGUCUGACAUGUGGCCAUACCAUGAAUUCAGCUGUCAGUCACACAAGUAAAGCAAAAAAGAAAGCUGUAAAAGUUUAUUGGAUUGCUCCUGCAGGUGCACCAAAACAUGUGCAAUUUCUAGCCACAGUUGUGAAGAAAUACAAGACUUUCUGGGUGAAGAUUCCCGGUCCUGUUGUUUCUCAGCCUAAUGCACCAUUCUCAACAACACCCUCAUACACAACAUCAGAGGCAGUAUCAACAUCGCAUUCAGUUUCCUACUUAACAAAGCCAUUUAAUGCAUCAGGUUGUGGAAGUACAAAGUUCUGCCUUAGGAGCCCUUCGAACUGUGAUCCUGAGAGUGCUUCCUGCUUUUUCCUAUCCUUCCAUCAAGAGAGGAGAUCAGUCCUUAUUGAAAUGAGUGGUGCCAGUGAAGGGUAUUUAGCAUUUGCACUGUCCUAUGACCAAUGGAUGGGAGAUGAUGAUGCAUAUCUGUGUAUUAAUGAGGACCACCAUGUUAGUGUAAGCACUGCUUACCUGAAGGGGAGAAGUCCUCCUGCUCUGGAUUCGAAGAAUGCCCUUGAAGAUGUGUCAUGGAGGCUUGUGGAUGGUGUUCUUCAAUGUUCUUUUAGAAGGAAUAUUAGUCUCCCUACAUAUAAGGGGAGGUUUAACAUGAAUGCCAAUUACUACAUCUUUCUGGCAGAUGGGGAAGCUGGUGAAGGUGGUUCAAUAUAUAAACAUCAUCGUCAGCCUCUGAUUACCACUGGAAUGUACAAUGUCACAGGCAUUCCUCAGGAUAUUGGAGGUUCCCGGUCCCCGAGACUUAUCAAGGCUCAUGGUGCACUGAUGUUUGUUGCCUGGAUAAGCACAGUUAGCAUUGGUGUUGUUGUUGCACGAUUCUUCAAGCCUGUCUGGUCUCAUUCAUUCUUAUUUGGAAAGGAGAUAUGGUUUCAGAUACAUCGUAUGCUUAUGUUGACCACUGUUACGCUUACAAGCAUUUCUUUUGUAUUGCCUUUUAUAUACCGAGGAGGUUGGAGCAAACAAGCAGGUUUUCAUCCAUAUCUUGGCUGUACUCUGAUGGCUCUGACGGUCUUUCAGCCUCUUAUAGCAGGUUUCAGACCAUCUCCUCAUGCACCAAGAAGGCAAUUGUUUAACUGGUUUCACUGGAGUAUUGGUACAACUGCUAGAAUACUAGCUGUGGUGACUAUGUUCUUGGGAAUGGAUCUGCCAGCGCUUGACCUACCAGACCCAUGGGACACCUAUACAAUGAUUGGUUUUGUAGCUUGGCACGUUGGUAUUGAUGUUCUUCUGGAAAUACACAGCUACUGUCUCAUACGUAAAGUUGAACUGAUAGAGGAUGACAGAGUACAGAUAUUGCAGUCACUCACAUCUGCAGAAGCAGAAGGUAAUCUGUUUAAACAGAUUGUGUUAACCAUCUAUGUCUGUGGAAAUAUAAUAUUCCUCACUGCCUUCCUGGCAGCAAUCAACCAAAUAUGAAAUAAAUAAUUGAGAACUUUGCAAUGAAGUACCAUGCAGCUGAAAAACAUGCAAGGAAUACAUUCUAUUAUGUUUCCAUCAGCGCAUCCUUGAAGAUAUGGUUGAAGAAUAAUAGCAUAUAUGUGAGGGAUAACCUCAAUUCAAAUCAAUAGAAUGCUAGAAUCCUGCGAAAGCUGUCUUCUGAUGUUAUUUUUAAUGGGAGUCUUUGCCUGAGUAAGGAAUUAAGUUUCUGGUUUUUUUUAAAUAAGUAUAGUAAUUAAUGUGGUUAGAGUUUGUAGGCUAAGAAUGAGAAGAUGCACUGAAAACAUUGUUUUGAUAGUCACAGUUCCGUAAACCUUUUAGGAAUAUUAUUGGGAAAACUGGAAAGUGUGAUCCCAGUUCUAUGUUCUAAUGACAUGGUUUGACAGUCUCCUGCUUGUGACAAUUUUGUCCCUCACAAAGAAAAAGACUUACUGAAAAAAACAGUCACCAGUGGUUGAGCUAAACAUUGAGCUAAACAUUGUUUAUCUUUGCAGUUUAAUGCAAGAAUUAUUUUCUGCUCUAAGAGCAGUGCACAUAUACAAGCAUAUGGCUUUGGGAACUUAAGUUCUUUAGUAAAAAUCACCAUUUGCAUCACUCAAAAUACUGUUUUGUUCCCUCAGUGUGUCCAAACCUUAAUGAGGAAAACAUGCUUGCAAAUGUGCAUUAAAACCUAGUUGUGCUUAUCCAAAACUCAAACAGGAAGAACCUAUCCAUGUGCAUGUAUUUGUUCUGCUGUCUCUGGCCACUUGUUGCUUCCGAAUUGCUGUUCUGUAUGAAUAACAUGAGCUUAUGCAACUUGAUUCUUAAAGUUAAGUGAAAAUAUUUGCUCAGUUGUUGCAGUUGUAUUUGCUCUAUUGAAUGCGUUGUUGAAAUAGUGAUUAGGAGUUGCAUUGACUUCAGGAAAAUGCAGCUUCUUCUAGUGUUAAAUGAGAGUCCUUUGAGCUGGUAUGUCUGAUGUCUGACUACUUGUUCUACUUUCAUAGAGACUUUUUUACUCAGUAACUAAUUCAUCUGAAUAAUAUGGUAAUGGGAAUGGAAGGAGACUAUUCUCAACUUCUUUGGUUUCUGGCUUGUUUAGAUAUUGAGGGUCACUUUUUAGCUGAAAUCUCAAAUUAACCCUUAUUAUACUAAUUAUACUAUGCAGUACAACACUUUGCUUUUUUUUAAGUUGUAAUGUUUCAAAGUAUACCUCUUCCACAGGGUUGUUAACCUAGCUAAGGGUAAAGGUAUUGGCAAAUUAGAACAGCAAAUACUGGGACCUAUCUUGAUAUAGACCAUCAAAGCAAUAUCUCUCUACUACCUGAUCAUAUCUAAAACACCUACAUGUGUCAGGAAGUAGUUCUUUCCAUUAACUAAAGCUGUCUAGUUCAGCCUCUUUUUCUUGAAACUCACAAGUCAUUCAGAACCUAUCAAGCUUGUGGUCAAUGACCUUGCCUGCUCAAGUAACCUGUUUAGUUAUAAGAGCAACAGAGCUGGGAUUAAUCCCUUUUGUUAGCAGCUCAAUAGACUACAAGUGUGUUUAAACUGAACGGUCCUCCUUCCUCCCAGCUGGAGAAGUCAUUCUCAGGCAGAGGAGGCCAUGAAGAAAUAUGGCAAAACUCAGGCUGAAGGGCAACAAGCAUUUUCUUUAUGUGAGGUUUCCAGUUUGUUUUUUGGAUAUCUUUGAUUUCAAAAACCUAGGAGUCGCAGGUCUAUCCAGCACUGAAAUUUUGGAAGCUUUUACAUAUACUGAGUUUACAGAAGAAAAUCUCUACUUAGAUAUGAUAGCUUUUUAAAUUAAGUCAAUAUCAGAUUCUUUCUGUAAUACAACAGCUGUGCUGUGUUGCUUCAUUCUCAUGUGAAAUUGGGGGGUUUUAAAACAUGAAUGCAAGUAUUUUAAUUGUUUCUCUUUCAACAAAGUGGAAGCUCUCAAGUAAAAAUUAGAAAAGGAUAGUAUUGCAUAGCAGCAAUGAAUCAAUGUUUUCAUUGUAGAUGCUUAUUUUAUGAAUUAAAGCUAUCCAAAUGUUUCCUGGAGAAACUAUUAUUGAAAUAGUGUUAGAAAUUGGAUGUCAGUAUGUUUCUGUAAUGCAGAAUGGCUCUUUCCUGAGAGCUACAGAGUUUGCAGGGUUAUUAGUUGCUCUUUAAAUAAUGCUAUUUCCUAGUAAUAGUAAUAUUGCAUAGUUUGUAAUACAAGGCCUUUUCUGACAUAUUCCAACAUCUUUAAAACAACAAUCUGUUAACUUUGUUCUUUCCUUCCUGCCCACCCCCUUUCUUCUUGCAUCUUCACUAAGAAUCAAAGUGAUUGUAUUAAUGACUCUCCCAAAAUUCCUGUUACAAUCUUUAAAAAAUAAAAAUGUAAAAACAAACAAAAAACCCUGUGCAAGAGUUUGAUAGAAAAACAGGUAGCAGGAAGUUUGGUUCUAGAGGCACUGGUGGCUUAAUAUUGUUUAGAGGAAGACUCCUGCUGCUUUUCUUCAUAAUGGAGUCCUGCUGAAGUUGAGAGAAGUUUAUAUGAAGAGAUUAACGAGGUUUUGAUGUUUCUAGUCCUGGAUUAAGAAUCUGAUGACAAAUCAAUGAUAGCCUAUUUCUGAGUUGUUUCUUUUAGGUAGGUAAAUUCUCCCCGUCAAGUAGAAAUUCACCUCAAAAUACUGGUAUCUGCUCUUGACAAAUACAAAUAAUGUUUCUUGAAUAUGUUUCAAAGAAAACUAAGUGGUGCAAAUAGCUUAAGUGCAUUUGAAUUCAUUGCUACUUUGCUUUACUUAAAAUCUUUUUUUUUGCAAGCAGACAUUUGGGUGCAAGAUGAACUAAGACAAGAAAACAUUUUUAAUGCUGAACACUAAACUAUUUGUUUUUUUGCCAAAAGCCAUAUGAGGAUACAUGUAUUGAGUGUAAUAAUGUCAUUGUUUUUUCUUUUAUUCAGGUUUGAGAAGUCUAGAGAGAUCUCAAGUUAUCUGCUGCUUUCUAUCAUUAUUUGUAACACUGUGUGGCGCUCUUGCUCAAAUAACAUUCUUAUUUUGCUCUCAGUGUAAAGUUCAGGCAUGUAAAUAGCCUCCAAAACAGGAAGUCUUUCUAAACAAAAUGUUCAUAAUAAUUCUCAAGUUUUAUUAAAUAAGUGAAUCUUUA